GUUCUCAUCGGACGGACUUGAUUUUCCUCCGUCGCCGUUAGAUCAUACAGUCACCCCCGGCUCUCUCCGUCCCUUUCGAGAUUUCCUUCCCUCGAUCCCAGAAUCUCCUCAUCGCUUCCUCCCAUGGCGGACUGGGGGGAGGAGUCCGAGAACCCGGAACUGACUGAGAAGCAGAAGAAGGAGAUCGCCAAAUGGUUCCUCACUAAUGCCCCUGCCGGCGAGAUCCAGUACGUUGCGAAAGAUGUUCGGGCGCUCAUAGCGGAUGACAGAUUGUACAAUAUGGCAGCGGCUGAGGCCUUUCCUCUCUUCAACAAAGCCCAUCUCGUAGUUCUUGAGAUGCCCGAUAGGAGCGGCGAUGUAAUAAUAUCGUCCUUUGGUGAAAUUGACAAGGAUAACUUCUUUGAUCCUAGGACUGCUCAGAUUGUUACGGUGGAUCAUAUGAAACAGGUUUGCACAAAGGUACGACCUGCUAAUGAUGAAGAGCUUCCAUCAGCCUAUGUUGAGGAAUUUCGCAUUGGUAGGUUUGCACUGGAUGCUGAACUUUGCAAAUAUGUUGUUGAUACUUAUCCCAAAGGAACCUGUGCAGUUUAUUGCACCAGAGGAAAAGACGUGGAUGGACCAGGUGUCAACUUUGAUUUUGCUGUUGUGAUUUCUGCUUCAAGAACCAGCCCACAAAAUUUCUGCAAUGGCAGUUGGCGUUCUAUAUGGACCCUUGAAUUCAAGGAUGAUUUGCAAGUUGUGGAAGUAAAAGGAAAAAUGCAGGUUGUUGCACACUAUUUUGAAGAAGGAAAUGUACAACUGGAUGCUAAAAAUGAAUGCAGGGACUCCACCCUCUUACAGUCACCAGAAGAUUGUGCUGUAUCAAUAUCAAACACAAUCCGCCACCACGAGGCUGAGUAUAUGGCAUCUCUUGAGGAAUCUUAUUUGCAUUUGCCAGACACAACUUUCAAGGAUCUUAGGAGGAAGCUUCCUGUUACUCGGACUCUAUUUCCAUGGCAGAAUACUUUGCAGUUCAGCUUAACCAGAGACAUCUCGAGAGAACUUGGAAUUGGGAAGUGAAGUUUUUAGUCAGCUUAUGCCAAAGUUGUAAUUCAGCUGUUUGGUUAGAAUUUUUUUUCUUAAACCUCGGCCUCUUAGCUUGUUUUCCCAUUGCACUUCAUUGAUAUGAUUGUUUACUCCCGUUAGAUUCCCAAUCCCCCUCGUAGCUGAUCUACACUUUGAAAUAUUUUACUUUGUUACUCUCAUUUCAGCCAUUAAUAUGUUCACCCUGCAUUAGCAAUUUGGAGUACAGUUUUUUUAAAGGAAAA